GGGGCGCCCCGGCCCUGCUUCCCUGGGGCUAUGGCCAUGGUGACCGGCGGCUGGGGCGGCCCCAGCGGCGACACUAACGGCGUGGACAAGGCGAGCGGCUACCCGCGCGCUGCCGAGGACGACUCGGCCUCGCCCCCCGGUGCAGCCAGCGACGCCGAGCCGGGCGACGAGGAGCGGCCGGGGCUGCAGGUGGACUGCGUGGUGUGCGGGGACAAGUCAAGCGGCAAGCAUUACGGUGUCUUCACCUGCGAGGGCUGCAAGAGCUUUUUCAAGCGGAGCAUCCGCCGCAACCUCAGCUACACCUGCCGGUCCAACCGUGACUGCCAGAUCGACCAGCAUCACCGGAACCAGUGCCAGUAUUGUCGCCUCAAGAAGUGCUUCCGAGUGGGCAUGCGGAAGGAAGCGGUGCAGCGCGGCCGCAUCCCGCACUCGCUACCCGGCACCGUGGCCUCCUCCUCGGGCAGCCCCCCGGGCUCGGCAUUAGCGGCAGCGAGCGGAGACCUCUUCCCUGGGCAGCCAGUGUCCGAGCUGAUCGCGCAGCUGUUGCGUGCCGAGCCCUACCCGGCGGCAGCCGGGCGCUUCGGGGCGGGCGCGGCGGGCGCGUUCGGGACGGGGGGCGGCGCGACAGGCGCGGUGCUGGGCAUCGACAAUGUGUGCGAGCUGGCGGCGCGGCUGCUCUUCAGCACUGUGGAGUGGGCGCGCCACGCACCCUUCUUCCCCGAGCUGCCAGUGGCCGACCAGGUGGCGCUGCUGCGCCUCAGCUGGAGUGAGCUCUUCGUGCUGAACGCUGCACAGGCGGCGCUGCCCCUGCACACGGCGCCGCUGCUGGCUGCUGCCGGUCUGCACGCUGCGCCCAUGGCUGCCGAGCGUGCCGUGGCCUUCAUGGACCAGGUGCGCGCCUUCCAGGAGCAGGUGGACAAGCUGGGCCGCCUGCAAGUUGACUCGGCCGAGUACGGCUGCCUCAAGGCCAUCGCGCUCUUCACGCCGGAUGCCUGUGGCCUCUCAGACCCAGCCCAUGUGGAGAGCCUGCAGGAGAAGGCGCAGGUGGCCCUUACCGAGUACGUGCGGGCCCAGUACCCAUCCCAGCCCCAGCGCUUCGGGCGCCUGCUGCUUCGGCUCCCUGCCCUGCGCGCUGUCCCUGCUUCCCUCAUCUCCCAGCUGUUCUUCAUGCGCCUGGUGGGCAAGACGCCCAUAGAGACACUGAUCCGUGACAUGCUGCUGUCGGGAAGUACCUUCAACUGGCCCUAUGGCUCAGGCCAGUAACCAUGAUGUGGCUGGGUACACCACGGCCAGGUCUACAGACCACAAGGGACAGGGAUGCUGAGACUUUGAGGGGCGUCCCAAGGUAGAGGACCCUGGCUUCAGAACUCCUCAGACUCCUAUUUUUUAAAGACUGUGAAAUGUUUGUCUUCUCUGUUUUUUAAAUGAUCAUGAAACCAAAAAGAGACUGAUCAUCCAGGCCCCAGCCUCAUCCUUCCCAGAAUUCCUGGCCAGGAUGAAGGUGAGGGAUGGAGGGUCCCAUCCGGGGACAGCCUUGUCCCUCAGUGCCCCAAGCAUGAACUUGUGGGAUGGUGGGGUUGGCUUCCUGGUAUGAUGGACAAAGGCCUGGUGUCUGGACUAGAGGGACAGCCAGGCAAGGGUGGUGUGUAUCAGGCAGAUCCUCUGGGCAUGUAAUCCAUGUUGGACACUACAUGAUGACUAAAUCAAGGCCAAUAAUAAAGAUGUUUCCUACCUGUAC